GCCGCAUAUAUCGCGCGACGGGCCACGGUGAGCGACAUGUAGCCUCACCGCCACGCGUGUGUACGUGUGUACGUGUGUACAUGUAUGUAUGUGUGUGUGUGCGCGUGUUUCUACGGUGACCGUACGGCGCACCUCGUACACAUAACGCCUUAUAGCUGAGAACGUCUUCUUCUGUAUCGGUUGCUGUGUAGACAACCAAAAAACAACAACAUCGGCGUGUUCACCCGAUGAUCGGCUGCUGAGUUUAUUUCCCGUGUGUCGUGUUCGUACAGGAACGAGUGCCACGCUCGGGGACAGCCACGUGGCCGCACCCACCUCACCGCCACCGCUACACCGCGAUGGCACUCACCGGACCGAAGACAAGCAGCUUCUCCGUCAAGGACAUCCUGAAUUUUCAGGAUCCGAAAGACGGAUUCCGGUCGGUCGUCGUCGACAACACGGCCGUGCUGACGACCGACGGCCUGCUAGCCGGCGUCGGCCAGAACUUGUCGGGCUACUACGAGGACGGAGACAGUCCGUACGCAAACUGGCUGCACAGUACGGAGUCCAUCGCCGCCUACAAUCCCGUACCGGGCAGCGGACUACCGUCCGUCCACAGCAAUACCUCAAUAGCGGCCAGCCUCGACAUCUCGCUGCCGAAUCACGUGCGAUGCGCUGCAAUGCCAGCGUGCCGCCUGCCAGAGAUGCCAGUGCCACGCGACCAACCUCAUCCGCCUCCUCCUCCGCCUCAUCCGGCUCCUCCGUCGUUACAUCGGGGCACGCCCUCCUUACUGGAGCCGGCCGCGCUGACGGGGUCGUGUAUGGCGUCGCCGGCGCCCGCCUCCGUGCCCGGGUCGGCGACACCGGACACGCCGAAGACGACGGACAGUGACUGCAGUCUGAGUGACUCUAGCGAGCACGGCCACGAUUCGGAGGAGAAGGCCGAGUCGAAAGCGGGCGGCGGCGGCGGCGGGGGCGAUGCUCAGGGUAGCGAGCAGCCGAACAAGAAGCGCAAGCGACGCGUGCUCUUCUCGAAGGCGCAGACGUACGAGCUUGAGCGACGCUUCCGACAGCAGCGCUACCUGUCGGCGCCCGAGCGCGAACACCUGGCGAGCAUCAUUCGGCUGACGCCGACGCAGGUGAAGAUCUGGUUCCAGAAUCACCGCUACAAGUGCAAGAAGGCGCGCGCCGAGAAGGGGCUCGAGAUGAACCCGCUGCCGUCGCCGCGCCGCGUCGCCGUGCCCGUGCUCGUGCGCGACGGCAAGCCGUGUCUCAACGGCAUCACCAAGUCGCAGGCUGCGAUACAGUCGGACCUAUCCAUGUCUUUCCAGGCGCCGCUGACGUCGCAGUGCAUGAGCAGCAUCGGCGCCAUGCAUCCGAUGAACGGUGUGAACUCGUACGGCGUGAACGCCAUGAACAGCAUGAACGCCAUGAACAGCAUGAACAGCAUGGACAACAUGAACGUCAUGCCGAGCUACACGCACCCACUGAUGCAUCCGCAGCCGCGCUGGUGGUGAGAGCGAGCGAGACGGCCGCGUGUGUGUAGCAGACCGCUACACCCCCUCACACACACACAUGCACGCA